AUGCGGAGGCCCCGGAAUAGCUACGCGGACGGCGAUGCCUUCGAUGGCAAUGUGCACCGCGACAAGGACGGCCGGCUCGUUACGGACAACGCUGGAUUCAUCGCCGACGAUACGAACAUGCCCAAGGGAUACUAUUACAGUCCCACCUUCAUCGCUACCGUUAUGGCCAUCGGACUCGGGUUCUUCGCUGGUGUGUCGGCAUUUGCGUACGCGGCACCGGUUCUCUCGACUAUCAAUGCGGAUAUCGGCCCGGAUCCGAACAUUACUUGGGUUGCGUUGAUCCACCCUAUCGCGCUGUCCGUUGCCCUGACUGUCAUCGGCCGUGUUACGGAUAUCUUUGGGCGCCGAUGGUUCUUCAUCGGCGGUGCGACUCUUGCUACUAUCGGCACACUCGUCAGCGCUCUCGCAGAGAAUGUCCCCAUGCUGAUCGCAGGCGCUACGAUCAAGGCUCUUGCCGCUUCAACCCAACUGUCUGUCUACUACGCCAUCUCUGAGUUGGUCCCCAUGAAGUACCGCUACAUCGCCAACGGUCUCGUUUACAUCUUCCAAUUGCCCGCCUCGGCGACCGCGCCCGUAAUAGCGCAGUCGUUCGUCACGCAGUCAAGCCUCGGCUGGCGCGGAUUUUUCUACAUCCUGACGGGCGCGAACGCAUUGUCUGGCCUGUUGUACUUCUUCUUCUACUUCCCGCCGGAUUUCCAAGACAAGCAUGGUCGGAGGGAGCAAAAGAAGGAAUGGGUGAAGAACUUCGACUACUUCGGCGUCCUGCUUUACUCCGCUGGCCUGGUGCUUUUCUUGCUCGGUUUGUCUUGGGGCGGCAGCGUCUACCCGUGGAAAUCGGCUUCCGUGGUCUGUGCUAUUGUCAUUGGAGCGUUGUCCCUUAUUGGCUUCUUCUGCUGGGAGACCUUCGCGCCGCUGAAGGAACCCUUGGUGCCGAUGCGUCUGUUCAAGAACCGAGGGUGGGCGAGCUCUGCUAUACUCGCUGGGAUUGGUGCAGGCAUAUACUACGCAAAUGCGAUCGUCUGGCCUCAGCUCUGCCAGAGAGUCUGGGCUAAAGGCGACGUCAUGUACGGCGCCUCUCUCGCCAUCAUUCCCAGCUGUUGCAUGUGCACUGGCCAGAUCAUGGGCGGCGCGUUCGCAAAGAGAGUAAAGAAGCAGAAGUACCAGUGCAUUGCUGGAGCGGUGGUCGGGGGUGCCUUGAUUGCGUCAGCAUCUAUCGUGGACCCGGAUAACAAGGCGCCCACCAUUGUUCUUGUCGGACUCGGUUCGUACGCUCUCGGAUGGAUGGAGACGAUCGCCAUGACUAACACCUUGGUCACCAUCCACGACCAGCAAGAGAUUGGAGCUGCUGCAGGGAUUUCUGGUGCCGUCCGCACCUGCAUCGCAUCGGUUGCCUCCACCAUCUUUACACUCACGUUGAAUACUCGGCUUGCAAGCACCAUUCCGGCUCAUGUGCCGCAGGCGCUCUUGAAAGCUGGUCUCCCAGCCUCGAGCAUUCCAGCAUUCUUGGCCGCACUCAAGACUGGUAAGUUUCAGGGUGUCCAUGGCCUCACGGCGGCUAUCCAGGCAGCGGGCGCGCGGGCGAACGUGUUGGCGUAUACGGCGGCCUUUAAAACGGUAUUCCUGGCAUCCUUGGGUUUCACUGGAUGCGCUGUCAUCGCAGCCAUCCUGAGUCCCAAUGUGGAUAAUAUCUUAGCUGGUAAUGGAGGGGUUAGCGCGACUCUAGGUGGCAGGAAGAACGAGGAGGUCUGA